AAACAAUAGGUGGCGCUGCCAUUCUUCCCCAGCCGUAUAGACGCAAAGCAUUGUAGGUAAAGUUUCCAUUCGAGCUAGCCAGUAGCAAUGGCGACGUCUUUAGGAUCCAACACUUAUAACAGGCAAAACUGGGAGGAUUCGGAUUUUCCCAUCCUCUGUCAAACAUGCUUGGGAGAAAACCCUUACAUCCGCAUGACCAAAGAGAAAUUUGGCAAGGAGUGCAAGAUCUGUGCGCGUCCCUUCACGGUGUUCCGCUGGUGUCCUGGAGUCAGGAUGCGCUUUAAGAAGACAGAAGUGUGUCAGACCUGCAGUAAAAUGAAGAAUGUCUGUCAGACCUGCCUCCUGGAUCUGGAAUAUGGCUUGCCCAUUCAGGUUCGUGACACUGGGCUGUCCGUUAAAGAUGAAGUACCGAGAUCGGAUGUGAAUAAGGAGUAUUACACUCAGAAUAUGGAGAGAGAGAUUGCUAACUCUGAUGGCACAAGACCUGUGGGGCAGCUUGGGAAGGCACCGAGCAGUGGCGAUAUGCUGCUGAAACUGGCUCGUACCACACCGUACUAUAAGAGGAACAGACCUCACAUCUGUUCCUUUUGGGUGAAAGGGGAGUGCAAGAGAGGGGAAGAGUGUCCGUACAGGCAUGAAAAGCCCACCGAUCCAGAUGACCCGCUGGCUGAUCAGAACAUUAAGGACCGUUACUAUGGCAUUAAUGAUCCUGUUGCUGAUAAACUCUUGAAGCGGGCCUCCACUAUGCCCAGACUGGACGUACCUGAAGACAAGUCCAUCACCACACUGUAUAUUGGGGGGCUGGGAGAAAACGUUACAGACUCUGAGCUCAGGAAUCACUUCUACCAGUUUGGGGAGAUUCGUACCAUCACCAUCGUUCAAAGGCAGCAGUGUGCUUUCAUCCAGUUCGCCACACGGCAGGCCGCAGAGACGGCUGCAGAGAAGUCCUUUAAUAAACUCAUCAUUAAUGGGCGCCGGCUUAAUGUUAAAUGGGGCAGGUCACAGGCAGCUCGAGGGAAAGAGAAAGAUGGGGUGACGGAGAGUGGAAUCAGGCUGGAGCCAGUGCCAGGGCUCCCUGGUGCUCUGCCCCCACCCCCUGUGUCUGAUGAAGAUGCCUCCACCAACUACUUCAACCUGGCUCCAACCAGCUCCCCUGCUGUCAUGAACCUGGGACUUCCUCCUCCACCUGGUGUUGCCAUGCCCCCACCACCUGGUUUUGGUCCUCCUAUGUUCCACACCAUGGAUCCCAUGUCCCCUUCAAUGCCCCCUCCAAUGGCCAUGAGGCCCCCCGGACAGGUCCACUACCCAUCCCAGGAUCCUCAGCGGAUGGGCGCUCAUGCGAGUCGUGGAGGCCCCUAGAUAGUCAUACUGUUCAGUGUGGACUGCUGAACAACUGAACCCAGAGUGCUCUCAUUUUCGGUAUCUGUUUAUAUGUCAAUCAUUUUCAGAGCAAGUGAGUACACGUGUAAGAUGGAAUGCAAAUGCAUAACGAACAAGGAAAACAUCAGAAAAAUUCCAGCAUCUUAGAAUUUAAACCAUGAUAAAAACGUUUAUUUUUAAGCUUUUGUUUUAUAAUGACCCUUGAUGGUUUCCAUCUUUUUGUCAGUUUUUAUUUUGUAUGUAAUAUGAAACGUAUAUCAUGCCCUGUCUAGGGCAAAAUGUCAAAGAAUUGGUUGCAGUGACCAACAAUUACCAAAUGGGGGCACUAUUGACUAUUUUAAAUGCCUGAAGUCUUCAUUUUUGUUUUUGACACUGUAUUGUCCUACACCUCUAGAAUAUUCCAUUGUUCAUAUUACAUUUCCCACUAGUGUCCAUUUCUUCUCCUCUAAAUAUAAAGAACGUCAGUUGUUCAUCAUGAAUUGUUUUUAAGACUUUGUUUUUUUUAAUGUACAGCUGUGCAGUUUGUGGUUACAUUAAAGAUGCUUCACAUUUUGAAA